UAUAAGUAGAAGAGCAGACCGCCUCCUGUACCCGACCUCCAAACAGUUGGAAAACAUCAGGAAAGUCCGACAUACAAAAAUGAAGGUUUCCGUUGUGUUGCUGCUGUUCGCCCUGGUGGCUACCAGCCUCGCUAGCUUCUACUACCCACCUAGGAUCGCGAAGGUCCUCGUCAUUCCUAAAUACGGCUAUGGAGGCUAUGGUGGCUAUGGUGGCUAUGGAGGCUAUGGUGGCUAUGGAGGCUAUGGAGGCUACGGUGGUUACGGAGGAAUCGGCGGCUUCGGCGGCUUUGGCGGCUUGGGCGGCCUCGGCGGUUACGGACGUGGAGUAAUUGGAGUUGGAACUGUCGGCAUCCUUGGCGGUGGUCUAGGUAUUGGCGGAGGUUUUGGAUUUGGUGGUGGUCAUGGAGGCAAAUACUAAUGACCUUACUGAUGCACCACACAGUCGUGUCUCAAAUACUAGGUCGUGGAAACGUACAUUCAUAGCCAACCUACGAAAAUGCUGUCAUGCUUCGAUUAAUAAAGCUUCGAAAUAUU